AUGUCUAAUGAGGAAUUAUCUAUACAAGAGACUAAUAAACUACGAGAGAAGUUGGGGUUGAAACCAAUACCAGUAUCGGCGAAAAAAGAAGUGACUAUUAAGAAUGAUCAUGUUGAUGUUGAUGUUGAUGUUGAUGUUGUGACCAACAAUAAUAUAUGUGGCGCUAAUUUGAAGAAGGAUAUCUUGCUACGAGAGAGAAUACAAGAGGCAAAACGCGCAGCAAACAAACGGAGACCGACAAAUUCAAAUGAUGUUGUUGAUGUUGUUGAUGAUGGUGAUGAUGGUGAUGAUGGUGAUGAUGCAGCUAUAGACGUUUACGCUGGGGAUAACGUCGAGGGUACAGAUAACUGGUUGAAUAGUUUAGGGUCAAAGAAACAGCUCCUAUCAAAAGAACCGAAACUAGACAAUCGGGAAAAACUCGGCAAUGCCAAUAAAGUGAAUGCAAUAAUUGGUCAUAGUAGUAAGAGAUUGCAAGGGUUACGAAAUAACGAUAUUUUAACACUACAAGACUCUGGUUUACUUGAUGAUGAAACUGGAGAUGUUUUGGUUAAUGAGAAAUUGAGCAAUGAUACAAAGUUGGAGAUUGAUCUUGAAAAUCGCAAAGAGGCCGAAAUGGCUAAAUUCAGUGGUCGACAUUAUAGAAAAUACAAUGAGGAAGAAGAAAGUGAAAGAAAUGAGGAGCCAGUUGCUAUGAUCAAGAAAGGUAAGGUUGUCCUCACCAACAACAGUUCCAGCACGCAAAAUGACGAGUCGUCUGUUUCUAAUGCUAAUAGAACUCGGUUCACAAAUUUCUUCGAUGAUAUCGAAGAACAGGCUACUCAAAUAACGCCUCCUCAAGUCAAGAUGAAGAAAAUCAAGAAAAAGAAGCCCUUGGAUGAGAGUACCAAGCGCAAGCGCACUGAGAUUGAAGAUGGCGAGUUACAGCAACAAGAUCAAUUUCUUGAUCUUGAUUAUGAGAACUUGGAAGAAGAAUUUUACAGUUGCAUCAAUAUGAAUAGACAAGUAAAACAGAAACAGAAAAGGAAAAUGAUGAGUCCAGAAGAAAUAGCUUUAGAUAUUGCUAAUCUGGUACAAGAAGAGAAGGAGGACGAGGAGAAGAAACAAAUGUAUGCAGGAAAUUUGUACGAUGAUACCGAGGGGUUUUUGAACAAAAUAGAAGUGAAUAUUUUGGGCAAUCAAAGUGAUGGAGAUAGAGGUAUGCGUGAUUUAGGAGGCUAUCAUAGUAGUAAUGUCAAACACCAUGAUGGCUCAGAACCUCCUCAUGAAUUACACGCUAGUAUUGAUGGAGACAUUCAAGUGGCAUCUUCACAUGAUGGAGACAUUCAAGCGGCAUCUUCACAUGAUGGAGACAUUCAAGCGUCAUCUUCACAUGAUGGAGAUGAGAAUGAACCAGGACCCACAUUCAGUGGUGGAUUAGCUGACACUCUUAAAUUUCUUCAAUCCAAAAACAUCAUCCAAUCAUCAAACCCGUGUGAAAAUGAUGAUGGGGAACUAGCUAAAAAGUCAAGCUUGUUAGCGUUAAAAAUUGGUAUUGAGAAAAGAAUACUAGAGGAAGACUUGAGAAAGGAUAAGUCGUAUAUGAAACUUUCCAAAAGUGAAAGAUUGGAUUUUUUGGAUAAGGAGUUGGAUAAGAGGUUACAGAAUAAGGGGAUCGUUGCUGAAGCAAGUCACAAGGGUAAGAAGGAUGAAAAUAGUCGAUGGAGGAAGAGGAGGAAAAGAAGCAUUACCGGUGCAGGUGACAAAGAAGAUGAAACAGGCAAAUUUAGAUCCUAUCAGCCAAAAGUCGAAUUGAGUUAUAAAGAUGACGAAGGAAGGGUUUUGAACGCAAAACAGGCAUACAAACAUCUUUCUCAUAAAUAUCACGGAACGGGACUUGGAAAAAGACAAAAUAUUGGUGGUGCAAAGUUGAGUUUGGAGAGGAAAAUUAUAGAUUAA